GAGAGAGAAAAUUGACUAGAGAAAUAGGAAGUGGGUAGAGUGCUAGUUUGGAGUUUGGACUUUGCCGCGGCACUCUCUCAUCUCAUCUCUCUCCUUCUGUUCGAAGAUCACAAACUCUUACCAAUUUCUUGCAUCACCUCAUCACAAAAACACACCUGCUGAAUGAUCAAUUCAAUCUGAGACACAUGAAUCUCUUCUAAAAAAAUUCCAGAAUCUACAAAAUCAAAAGAUUCUCUACAAAUCAAUCUCUGAAUCAGUAGCACUCGAGAAUCAAUCGCCACAAUGGGAACGGCGACAUUAGCGCCGGGAUUAUCAAGGAAGUUAAAGAAGGUUCUAGAAUCUCGAAUCGACUCGCCGGAACUUCUCUCUUCUCUCUCCACACUCUCCACAUUUUAUACCGAUAACUCUUCUCAUGCUCGCCGAAACCUCAGAUCUACCAUUGAGAAGCGCUCUCUUUCCAUUAAUCACGACUUUCUUACUGCUUCUGAUGCUGCGCAACAGGCAUUGGAUCAGGUGGAAGAGGAGGUUAAUGCACUUGCUGAAUGCUGUGACAGGAUUGCGAAGGCUUUAAGCAGUUGUAGUGCUACCACUGGGGAUAUUAUAGGUACCACGGAAAGGCUAAAACUGGAACUUGAUGCUACUACUCAAAGACAGGAGAUUGUUUCAUGCUUUCUACGUGACUAUCAACUAUCUAAUGAAGAGAUAAAUGCUCUUAAAGAAGAAGAGUUGAAUGAAAAUUUUUUCAAGGCGCUUUCCCAUGUUAAAGAAAUUCAUGCCAAUUGCAAAAUAUUGCUCAAGACACAUCAUCAGCGUGCAGGGCUGGAGUUGAUGGAUAUGAUGGCUAUGUACCAGGAGGGAGCCUAUGAGCGUCUUUGCAGGUGGGUUCAGGCGGAGUGUAGGAGGUUGGGGGACACUGAUAAUCCUGAAGUUAGUGAACUUCUAAGAACAGCAGUCCGAUGCCUCAAAGAAAGGCCUGUUCUCUUCAAAUACUGUGCUGAAGAGGUAGCAAAUAUGAGGCACAAUGCCUUGUUCAGAAGGUUUAUAAGUGCUCUUACUCGAGGAGGACCUGGUGGGUUGCCCAGACCUAUUGAAGUGCAUGCCCAUGAUCCUUUGCGGUAUGUGGGUGAUAUGCUAGCAUGGCUGCAUCAGGCACUGGCUUCUGAAAGAGAACUUGUGCAUGCUCUGCUUGAUCCGGAUGCGGAUAUGGAUUCUGGGCCAACUGCACGUCAGCUCUCCAAUAACUCUGAAAGUGAACGAGGAAAGAUAGAAGCUGAUUUAACCUUUGUCCUUGAUCGGAUAUUUGAAGGAGUUUGCAGGCCAUUCAAAGUUAGAGUGGAACAAGUCUUACAAUCUCAACCUAGUCUUCUAGUUUCAUAUAAACUUAGUAAUCAGCUGGAGUUUUAUAGUUACACGAUUUCUGAUUUAAUUGGGAGUGAAACAGUGCUUUGUCAAACACUCUGGACUUUGAAGGGGGCUGCUCAGAAGACAUUCUUUGACAUUCUAAAGAGUCGAGGAGAGAAGCUACUUCGGUAUCCUCCUGUUGUUGCCGUGGAUCUUUCACCUCCACCUGCUGUAAGAGAAGGAGUUUCUGUCCUACUGGAAAUAAUGGAGACAUAUGAUGGCAUGAUGAUUCCACUUUCAAAGAAGCCACAAUUUGAUCCUGUGAUAUCUGCUUUAUUGGAUCCUAUCAUCCAGAUGUGUGAGCAAGCAGCUGAGGCACACAAAUCCAAAGGAGGUGGUUACUCAUCAAGGAGGAACAGACUGAGCUCUGACUCCAAUCAGCUUAACAAAUCAUCAGUUGAUGCAAUACUGAGUAAUAACGAUACCCUUUCAGCUCCUCAGAGUGCUGAGACACCUUCUAAGAUCUUCCUUAUCAACUGCUUGUGUACCAUCCAACAACCGCUGAUUGGGCAUGAAGCUGCAGCCACAUAUGCGAAGAGCAUUGGUGAUAUGAUAGAAAACCACAUGCGUAUACUUGUAGACAAAGAAGUUGAGACCAUUCUAAGAAGAUGUAAUUUGUUGAGCAAGAUGGCCAACUUUAGGAAAACGUUCAUAGAAGCAAGGGAAGAAGCUUUGGCGGGUCCUUUGGCAGAAGUGGAGGAGACUUCUCCAGCUUCAUUAUCAGAAAGCCUGAACAUUUUCUUUGGUCUCAUUUUGGGAACCGGCAAUUCUCUCCCAGAAUUUGAGCAGCUGCAGGUGCCAAAGCUACGUUCGGAAGCUUGUAUUCAAUUGGCAAAAUCACUCGCUGAUUCGUAUGAGCUUGUAUACAAUGCAAUAAUGGACCCCAAGAAUUCUUACCCAGAUCCUAAAUCACUAGCUAGACAUCCACCGGAUCAGAUUAGGACCAUUUUGGGUAUUUGAAUUGCUUUCGCUUUCUUUAUGAUUCUUAUAAUUUUAUAUUUGACAGUUCUGGAUGAAAUUAUAUUAGUUUAGCAGUGGUCUAAACCUCGAGGAAGAGAAAGAAGUCUAUGCAUAGGAUGGUUUCAUGCUUAAAUGGCAAGAAUGGUUUGCCUGAAGACCUUGAUGCGGUGAUGUGAUUUGUAAAGUGGUGAAUUUGUAAUUUUGAUAAUACUCGUAUAUUAUAUGGUAGUGCACUACAGAUUACAGAAUACA